GGGCCCCCGGACCUCAUGUUGGACCCCCGGACCGUGUGCCUCUGUAUGGACGAGGAGGUCGGGCCGUGGCCGGCGGCUGUCCAGCAGGCGGCGCUGCAGGGUCACCUGAGGAAGGUGGAGAACAACCUGACGGAGGCCCAGAGGUUCUCCUCGUUACCACGGAGACCGGCCGUCAACAUCGAGUUCCGGGACGUGUCUUACUCUGUCAGGGAGGGGCCCUGGUGGAGGAGGAAAGGUAUCAAGACUCUCCUCAGAGGGAUCUGUGGGAGGUUCUCCAGCGGGGAGCUGGUAGCCAUCAUGGGGCCCUCGGGGGCCGGGAAAUCCACCCUCAUGAACAUCCUGGCUGGGUACAGAGAGACGGGGAUGAAGGGGGAGAUCCUGAUCAACGGUCAGAACCGAGACCUCCGGUCCUUCAGGAAGGUUUCCUGUUACAUCAUGCAGGACGACAUGCUGCUGCCACACCUCACCGUACAGGAGGCCAUGAUGGUCUCAGCCAACCUGAAGCUUCAGGAGAAGGAGGAGCCUCGCAGAGAGAUGGUCCGGGAGAUCCUGAUGGCUCUGGGUCUGCUGGACUGUGCUCAAACCAGGACGUCCCACCUGUCGGGGGGGCAGAGGAAGAGGCUGGCCAUCGCCCUGGAGCUCGUCAAUAAUCCUCCGGUCAUGUUCUUCGAUGAACCCACCAGCGGUCUGGACAGCUCGUCCUGUUUCCAGGUGGUCUCUCUGCUGAAGGCUCUGGCUCAGGGAGGAAGAACCGUCAUCUGCACCAUCCACCAACCCAGCGCCAAACUGUUUGAGCUGUUCGACAAGCUGUACGUCCUUAGUCAGGGUCAGUGUAUCUACAGAGGGGGGGUCUCCAGUCUGGUCCCCUACCUCAGAGACCUCGGACUCAACUGCCCCACCUACCACAACCCUGCUGACUUCGUGAUGGAGGUGGCGUCUGGAGAAUACGGAGACCAGAUGGUCCGACUGGUGAAAGCCGUCCAGGACAGGAAGUGUGAGAAGGACCAUCAGACCGAACUGAACGGGGACAACAACCUCCACCCGCUCCUGUGGCAGCGCAACGAGGAGGAGAACUCGUCCUCUGAAGGUUGUCACAGUUUCUCAGCCAGUUGUAUGACUCAGUUCUCCAUCCUGUUCAGAAGAACCUUCCUCAGCAUCCUCAGAGACUCGGUUCUGACUCACCUGAGGAUCUCGUCCCACAUCGGGAUCGGCGUCCUGAUUGGUCUGUUGUACCUCGGCAUCGGGAACGAGGCCAAGAAGGUUCUCAGUAACUCGGGGUUCCUCUUCUUCUCCAUGUUGUUCCUCAUGUUCGCUGCUCUGAUGCCCACAGUGCUCACAUUUCCUCUGGAGAUGGGAGUUUUUCUGAGGGAACACCUGAACUACUGGUACAGUCUGAAGGCUUAUUACCUGGCCAAAACUAUGGCUGACGUCCCCUUCCAGGUAGUAUUCCCGGUGGUGUAUUGCAGUAUCGUGUACUGGAUGACGGCUCAGCCUCCGGACGCCGGCCGGUUCUUCCUCUUCCUGUCUCUGGGGGUCCUGACCUCUCUGGUGGCUCAGAGUCUGGGUCUGCUCAUCGGAGCCGCCUCCACCUCUCUGCAGGUGGCGACGUUCGUGGGUCCGGUCACAGCGAUCCCUGUUCUCUUGUUCUCGGGGUUCUUCGUCAGCUUCGACACCAUCCCCUGGUACCUGCAGUGGAUGUCCUACAUCUCCUACGUCAGGUACGGCUUCGAGGGCGUCAUCCUGUCCAUCUACAGUCUGGACCGAGACGAUCUGCACUGCGACCCGGACGACACCUGUCACUUCCAGAAAUCCCAGGCCAUCCUGAAGGAGCUGGACAUGCUGGACGCCAAGCUCUACCUGGACUUCAUCGUCCUUGCCAUCUUCUUCUUCUCUCUGAGGCUCCUCGCCUACUUCGUCCUCAGGUACAAGAUCAGCGCUGAGAGGUAGACCAGGACCAGGAAGACCGGGAGGACCAGGAGGACUGGGGGGACCGUGAGGACACUUAGGACAAA